AUGGAUUAAAUUUCAGAGAAGCGUCGAUAGAAAAUUGAAUCGCGAAUGAGUGAGCAAGAUUUAAAGGAAGCACAAUAAAUGGAAUAGGCAGAAACUUAGGAAAGCCAAUAUAAACUUAUCCAAUAAAUCAAAGCCAAAUAAUCUUAAUACAAUAAGGGAACAAUUUAUGUUGCAAUUUUGGUCUCGGUUGUCACUGCAUUUUUUCAAUUAUUAGGUAGAAUCAGAUGAAUAUGUAGGAUCAAAACCCUAAUUAGGUUAAAUUUGGAUCACUGCUUAGAUGAUUUUGCUUAUCAUUCAUUACUAACAAACCAAGAAAUUAGAUAAGAGAUGUAAUUUUAGCAGAUGUAUAAUGUAGUGAACAAUGAUGAAUUGUCAUCAACCUUAAGAUCACUGGUGGGAAGCAAUUAAUUUAUCUUGAACAUUCUUAAAUAUCUUCAAUUGGCCUUGACCUUUUUUAGCUAUUUCAAGAAUGUUGUAGUUGGCUUGGCAAUUUCAUAAAUUGUGUUUAUAUUAAUUGUUUCGAUUGCUUGA